GACGUCCGGGCCAUCUGCAAUGUGAAUGCGAGUCUAAAGGGCGCCGGGCAGACGGGGCACAAGGCCCAGCAAAGUCGCCAAGAGCUCUUCCUUGGCGACUUUUUGUUGCUCUUUGAGAUUGAUGACUUAGGCAUUGGCUGGAAGAGCGUCUUCCGCAUCAGCGACUGCCCGCACGUAUUGCUGCGAGCUCAGGAGAAGUCUGUGCAAACUGAUGG